AUGAUCUCGAGAUCGUCCCUUGCGCGAACUGCGCAGCAGGCUGCCCGCCAGGCCUGCCGCGUCCAGCGACGAACCUACGCCGCCGCUGCUUCGACCGGAUCAUACGAGACCUCGGAUGUGACUGGCCUCAAGGUUGCCUCGCGGGAUGCUCACGGUCCUACUACUACGCUUGCUGUUGUGGCCAAGGCCGGUACUCGCUACCAACCGCUUCCUGGCCUUUCUGUUGGCCUCGCCGAAUUUGCGUUCAAGAACACCCAGCGACGAUCUGCUCUUCGCAUUACUCGCGAGUCUGAGCUUCUUGGUGGUCAAUUGGCUUCCUCUCACUCCAGGGAGGCUGUUGUUGUCGAGGCUAGCUUUCUCCGCGAGGAUCUUCCUUACUUCACCGAGCUCCUCGCUGAGGUCAUCUCCCUGACCAAGUAUACCACUCACGAGUUCCACGAGGAUGUUGAGCGUGUUCUCCACGCCAAGCAGGCUGUCCUCAACGCCGACGUCGCCGCCACUGCUCUCGACAACGCCCACGCUAUCGCUUUCCACACUGGUCUCGGCUCCUCCCUCCUCCCCAGCUCCUCAACUCCUUACCAGAAGUACUUGAACGAGGAGUACAUUGCUAGCUACGCGGACGUCGCUUACGCUAAGCCCAACAUUGCUCUCAUUGCCGACGGUGCCUCUCCCGAUUCUCUCUCCAAGUGGGUUGGCCAAUUCUUCAAGGACGUGCCUUCUGCCCCUCGAAGUGGCCAAACUCUCAAGACGGACGCCACCAAGUACUUUGGUGGUGAGCAGCGAACAAGCUCCAGUGCUGGCAAUUCUAUUGUUAUUGCUUUCCCCGGCUCCGGUUAUGACUCCACCAAGCCUGAGCACGCUGUGCUGGCUGCCCUCCUCGGUGGUCAGUCCACCAUCAAGUGGGCUCCUGGCUUUAGCCUCCUGGCCAAGGCCACUGCUGGCACCUCCGGUCUUACUGUCAACACCUCCAACUUAACCUAUUCCGAUGCUGGCCUCCUUGCUGUUCAGCUCAGUGGUCCUGCUGCCUCUGUCCGCAAAGGUGCUGAGGAGACUGCCAAGGUGCUCAAGAGCAUAGCAGAUGGCCAAGCGAGCCAGGAGGAUGUCAAGAAGGCCGUUGCCUACGCCAAGUUUAACCUUCUGAACCAGAACCAGCUCCGCCAACCCAGUAUCGCGCUCGCUGGCUCUGGUAUCGUCAACAGCGGCAAGCCUUACGACUCUGUCGCCAUUGCCAAGGCUAUCGAUGGUGUCUCCGCUGAAUCCAUUAAAACCGCUGCCAAGACUCUCCUUGAGGGCAAGGCCACCGUUUCAACUGUCGGUGAUCUGUUCGUGCUGCCCUACGCUGAGGAGAUUGGUCUGCGAGUAUAA